ACAGCUGGUCACAUGUAGUGUGUGUAUGUGCGCGUCCAGAAGCAGCAGAAGGAGGAAGCGGCGGUCAGUCACAACACAGUCGGUGUCCUGAGAGGAAGUGUGUCCAGCUCAGAGAGCCCGGUCCCGGUCACAGCCGCAGAUCAGCGCCCGUCCACACAUGGUUCUCCUCCGGCACAUCUCCAUCGCCCUGACCGCCGCCGUGGCCGCGCUGGGCUCCGCGCUCUUCAUCGCCCUGAAUUACUUCUACAGGAGGCGGAUGUGGAGCCCAGAAGCGGAGUACUGCACGAUCAAAGAGGAGGAGGAGGAGCGCGGGAAGCGGCAGGUCCUUGUCCUCGGCCUGGACGGUGCUGGGAAGAGCAGCAUGCUGCAGAGUCUGACGCCCGGACAGCCUGAGGCGAAGCGAGGUCAGUGCCGGCCCACCCGCGGCUUCAACUUCAUGAGCCUCAGCGCCCCUGCCUGCCAGCUCGACUUCCUUGAAAUUGGGGGUGGGGAAGACCUGCGUCGCUAUUGGUCGGACUAUCUGAGGAAGACUCACGUCCUGGUGUACGUGGUGGAUUCCUCUGACAGGCGCCGUCUCCCACUGGCUAAGGCCGAGCUCCACCGCCUCCUGAGGGUCGACCCCCAACUUCCUGUGGUUGUUCUAGGGAACAAACAGGAUAAGCCCAACGCUGUGAGCGUGUCUGAGCUCCAUGAGGCUUUGUCCCUGAGCUCUGUGGCAGAGGAGAGGAGGCUGUUCCUCCUUGCUGCCCAGCUGGGUGCUGAAGGAGCCCUGAGGAACUCCUACCAUGGACUGCAGGCCUUCCAGGACCUCCUGCUCCAGCUCGUCUGAUCCCCUCCACUGGACCAGAGGAGGAGGACGAGGACGAGGAGGAGGGAUGGAAACGGAAGGGGGUUUGCUAAGGGCUCUUCCUCCUUCUCCUCCAGCUCAAGGACCAGGAGGAGGUGGAGAAAGGGAUGGAGGUGGAAGAGAGAGGGGAAACAGGGUAGCCCGCUAGGAUGUCUUCCUCCCCUCCCUCUCCCUUCUUCCUAAUCCUCCUCCUCGUCCAGCUCCAGUUUGCCCUUGAGGAGGAGGAGGAGGAGAUGCAGAGGGCAGGAAGCGAAGCAGAAGGGCAUCUUCAUGGACUCUUUCUCCCCCAUCUCCUCAUGUAGAGGUGGACAUUGGGAAGACCAGAUGGAGGCGGGGACCUUCCUCUUCUAUUCUUCCUCUUCCUCCACCAGCAUCAGUUCAUCUGAGGACAAUAGCAAGAAGAGGAGGAGGAGGAGGUGAGAGAGAAAGGCUCUCCACGACUCCAUCUUCCUCCUCCAGCGCAUCCCACCCUGUGUUUCCAACUCGUCUCAUCUUACUCACUGGACAAGAGGAGGAGGAGGAUAAGGAGGAGGAGGACACGAGAUGGGACAGAGGGAUGCAAGGAGGUUCGUGCACAGAGUCCGUGACUCAAAGCCUCCUACCAGUGACUCAGAUCCUGGACCGGUCUCCUACACGGCAACCGACGUCAACACAUGACAGGUCUAUUUAAAUGCAGAUCACGAAGGCAAUGUGUAAAAUAUGAAUAUGUCAAGUUCUUAGAUCUGUAUGCAGAUUUUUUCUUCGAUGCAGGCCUGGUUUCUUGGAAACCCUCUGUAUGUAUUAGAGAAAUGUGCCGAGCUGAAGAGGAUGACUUUGAAGGCUGCGAGGUUGGAGCCCGAGGGAGCAGCGCUGCACCAAGUCACAGCCCGGUGAAUUUCAUCGACUGGCUUUUAGGAAAGAAAAAAAAAAAAAAAUACUACACCGAGGCUUCUUUCAGAUCUGCAAAGAGA